GUGGGGGUUGGGGAUCUUGGAGUCCACAACUGACAAAAUGUCUUUUUCAAAUUUGAAAAUCGAGAAGCAGCACUUUAAGUCUAACUCUACAUCAUUUUAUUGCAUGUAUUAGUUUUAACAAUGAUUUUUGGUGCAUGCCUUUGGGCUUAUUCAAAAGUGUACAAUAGGAAAGUAUAUUUCCUUUCUUAGAAAGGAGAUGUUUUUCUACUUUGCAACAUGUGAUUACAAAAAUCUUCCUCUGUGGGAAGAUUAACCAUGUAUUGAACUACUGAAAAGUAUAUAUUUUUUAGAUAUACAGAAGGAAUCUACAUGGAGCAGCAUUCAGACCUAUAUAGAAGUUAUAGCAUUCUGUAUAGGACCAAAAAGGAAGUAACACUAAACACUUAAACAGACUUUGUUGGGUAGAAAUACCUUAGAUCUUGCAUUGACUUCCAAAAAGAAAAUGCCACAGAAGUUUGUUGAAACUUUUGUUGUUUGAAUUUUCUCUGUCAGUGUAUUUAGCCCAAAUACAACAGCUUUGGGUUAGCACAUACGUAAGAAUCAAAAAAACAAAGCUAACUAGAUUAGACUGGUUUGCCAAUCCAGCUUGACUGAAAUAAGUAAACUAAUCACUGGCAACAUGAAAAACUGUCCAACUCCUCUAAGGUUUUGAUAUAAUAACCUUGGCUGAUGUGGGAAGACCCCCCCCCACUUUGAUUUCUGACCUGACAGUGAAGAUUCAUGCUUGACAUGAUUUCAAACCUGACAGUGUCUGUUUAAGGAGCCAUGGUACAGUUUGCUAAUUCAAUCCCAGAUACCUGUUGAUUACCUGUGAGAUCUAGAGUCCAAAGUAGCCAGCAGCCGUAUCCCUGAGUGCUCUGUGCCCAUCAGAUAUCUUAAAGUAAGCAGGGUUGGGACGGGUCACAGCUCGAAUGAUUGACCUCAGGUGCUGCAGAGAGCCCAAAUCAAGCAUUGAAUCUGUUUUCUUGGGAGUCGUCACUGAAUAAUGUCCCACACUGCAUUGCUUACUGUAGAUGCUCUCUCUUAGAGGAGGCCCAGAGCACACAUCCUAAUUGCUUGUGGUACUCAGAGAGGGGGUGCUAACUCUGAUGCCCUGGCCAGAUUCCAGUUUAGGGAUGUGGGUCUUCUCCGUGUCAUUCUAAUUGGAAAUGUGCAUCAUUUCCCAUUUUUCCUGUUGAUCUCAGUGCAAACUUACACUAGUCUGUUUCUUUGUCCCAGUCCCAAAUCUUUGAGAUGCUGGUGUGUAUUAUAUGGGCCAAGUUCAUGCCUUUUCAUAUUGCACAAGAGUUGAAGAAUGACUGAGCUUGGUGUCAAAGUACCCUUUCCUUGGAGGGUGGACUCUUGUGAUGCUGUGCGGAUGAAAACGGCCCUCUUUUGGCAUAAGCUAGGGAAUGUGCACUGGCCGGAGGCUUCCAGCCACAAGGAGUGAGCUGAAACCAAUUUCCCCUCCUUUCUUAUAGCAUGUUGAGAAAAUGCUGUUGGGUUUUCAGCAGUCAGGGAAGGCCGGAGUUCUGCAGCUUUAAUCUGGGUAACUGAGGCUGGUUUGAGCAAGACUUUGGUUAAUUAACUGGGUUCUCAGAUGCCACAGACUCCGUGAGAAGUCACCAUUAUUUUCAAUGGUUGUGAUAGAAUUUCCCCCUAGUAGCCAUUAUUUUAAGAUUAUAUUGCAGAGUUGCUUUAUUUUGAGCUUUUUGUGUAUACACAAUCCCAAACUGGAAGAAAUUAAAAAAAAAAAAGGAAUCCUGCUGUGAAAGGUAUAUAUUACUCUAGAUUUUUCUUACUGUAAAUAUUGUAAGAUUGUAAUACUGUCGAUAUUUUAUUAACCAACAAAUGUUAAUCUAUGUGAAUUCAGACUUAUUUUAAAUGUGCUUCUUAUUUACUGUGUGUGGUCCCUGUUGCUGACAGUAUUAAGUUAUAUUCUGAUGUAAGAUUAACUUUAUUAAAGAAUGUAAACAUUAAUGUUUCCUUAUGGGAAGACAAAUAAAGUAUAAAGAAGACAAUUCUUUUCAUUGAAAUAUACUGUGUAUUUACACUUGCUAGACCCAGCACCACUUAUAAAUUUAGUACACUGUUCAGAAUUUUAGUUAACACAGCUGACACAAUUGUGCUCCAUUUGGAAGUCUGAGAGUAGAUAUUGUUGGGAUAUAAACAGUUUGUAUAUGUCUGCUGUGAAUCAUAAUCUUGAAAUUUCUAGUCAAGUUUGUAAAAUUUUUAUAGUAAAACAUUUUAAUGACAAUUUAAAAAUUUACUUCUCUAAAAAAUGGUCAAAACACUAUCCUUUCAGAAAUAGAGUUGUUCUUUAAUAUCUUUCCAAAAUGACUUUGGUUAAAUGGACCAGAUGUAUAUUAGUUAAAACUUAGGACUAAGUUGUUGAUAUUCUUUGUUGAGUUUACAAGUUAAUCCUUAUUGGAGAUGUGCCAAUAUAUGGUAGAAUAUCAUUAAUUUGCACUGUUUGGGGGCCCCAUUAAAGAAUGCUGAAUUUUGCCAACUAAAAAGUAAGCAAAUGCAAUUUAAAAGUAAAUCUGAGCAUUCUGUAUUAAAUAUGUGCAGUUAUUAUCACAUGAAGAAGCGCAGUGUGUCGGGCUGUAAUAUAACCAUAUUUGCUGUCAUGUUUUCCCAUCUCAGUGCUGGGAACUCACCAUGUGGAAACCAAGCAAACGUGUUGUGCAUCAGCCGGCUUGAGUUUGUUCAAUAUCAAAGCUGAAACUAGCGAGGUCUGCUGUACUGCUUAUUGAAGUAUUGUGAUUCUUUUAGGCAUUGAUUCUUACAAAAUAUAUACUGUAACAGUAUACUUUGUACAGAUUUAAAUUUUAUUUGAAAAAAUGAAAUAAAGUAGGCAAAAAAAUAAAGAUGUUUAUUUUUCAUGUGA